GUGGGGUGGGAGCAUUCCAGCCCUGGUUCCCGCACUAAGUAGUCUUCGCUGUGGGACUUCUGCAGGUCCCCAUUAGCAAAACUGUUGCCCUUCCCUCCGUGGGUCUCUGGUCAGACACCCCCAGCCAUUCUGAAAGCACAUGCUCCUGUCACUCCUGACAAGCCUCCCAAGCCCAAGGAGCAGGGACCAGAUGGCCAAGACCGGAGGCUGGCGGGCGCUGCAGGUCCUCAUCUCCACGGCCGUGGGCUGAGCCCUUCUUGCAAUGUCAAGGGGACCGGAACCCCACAUCCUCAGAAGCAUACUUCCUACGCUGAACUUCCUGCAUGUCCAGCACUGCCCCACAACAAAGAAUUCUCAGUGCCCAGGGUCCGUGGUGCUGAGGGCAGGACGCCCCGCACUAUAGGGCUUCGUGAGUGUGCUUCCACUUGUGUUAUUUGCACACUCGGAGUCUGGCCUAUAAGAGGAGUCAUUUUGAGUGAGUUACUGCGUGAGGCAAACAAGGCUACAGCCUCAGGGGUGCUAAGCAAGGGUAAUGCCAAAAGCCAGCAUUCACAGCCCUGUGGCCUUCCUGCCCACUGGGGAGGUCUGGCUGCCCUUGCCCUCAGCGGCUCCCCUGCUGCCCUUGACGGAACGGAACGUGGGUAGACCCACACGCCCCUCCCCGUAGACAUAGUAGGCACGGUGGGGCGUAGCGUGUGGACCGCGGGGUCAGGCAGGCCUGGGUUCAGUCACCGGCCCUCUGCCCCUAGAUGGACAAUGACCCUCCUUACUACAGUUUGCUCAACUAUAAAUAGGACUGAGUAACAAUAUCUUCCUUAAAGGGUACUGGGAGGAUUAGAAGAGAUAAUCCACAUAAAGGGUUCGAUGCUGUGCUCGCAGCAGGUGGGGAAGAGUGAUUGUUGAUUACUGGCAUCGGAGCCCAUUUCCGGUGUUGCCCCUCUGCUUGUAAAACCCCCAACCCCGUCCCCGCUGCUGAGUCCAGAAGAGUGUGGGAAGGCUGCUGAAUACUUGGUCGCCCCUCUCUCCAGCUCAGCCAUGUGCCAGCCCUGGGAUAAGCCCCAGCGACACAAAGGCGACUAGGAUGUGGUCCUGAACACUGCGAGCAGUUCACGAGCCACUGGAACACUGGCAGGAGCCUGGAAGGACUGGGAUCUGGGGUUAGGAUGAGGCCAGCACAGCAGCCAGGGCAGCGAGAGGCCCCAAAGCAUUCAGGGCCCUUGCUGACCGACUCAGAAUUAGCUCCUCCUUGAAAUGUGCACUGGCCUCCUCCUAGUCCCAACCAAGCAAAUGACCACACCCCAAGAGGAGGGCCUGAAGGCACAGAGGAAGAUGAGAUCAGGGCAGGAGCUGCAGUGCCAGAGGCUUCCUGGAGGAGGUGUCAAGAGGGCUGCUGCCCUGAAAGGGGAAGUAGGAUUUUGAAAGGCAAAACUGACAACACACACAUUCCUGGGUAGGGACUUCUAGCACCAAAGCCUGCUUGGGAGGAAGGCCCUGGGCAGAUGUGAGCUGGGCAAGUAGUUUGUAAAUUAAAUGCAAAAGAGCGUACAUCAUCUCUCGAGUACAGGGAUUUCCUCUGGAAGAUGGCAGUUCUCUGGAGCUGGGGGUUCCCUCCCAGGGACCCGGGGGGCUGGAGGGCUGUGAGGCCUGGCAGAGUGGAAGUGGGUUCUCCUCGCCUCUGUGUCCUGGAGGAGCGGGACAGAGCCAGCCCGACACACAGGCAUUUCGUCCUCUGGGUCGUGCUGUCAGGUCUGUGAAGGUCCCCAGUACAACGGGCAUCCAGUACCUGGGAGAUAGUGUGGGGUCAGAGGUGAACCAAACACUUGGUUGUCACGAAAGCGGCAACGGAGGAGUAAAUAAAUGGCACUAGACCUGAUGGGCAUGGCCCUGGGGGCCUCCUGGAGGAAUAGACCUCCGUGCCCCAUCAACCAAGAGUGGUGAUUAUGGAGAGCCGCGUUGACACCUCGUAACAAUGAGAGGCGUUCUAAGAUAGAACGGGUGGACUGGUUGGAAUGGGGACUGCCCCUCGCUAGAACCCAGUUCAAUUGGACCAACAUUUAUUGAGUGCUCACUAAAUGCCUUGUUCUGGAGUGAAAGAAGGAAGAGGAUCUGGGAGGCUGUUAUGUCAAGGAACUCAAAGAAACCCUCCUUACCCAGCCAGGAGCCGAAGACACCAUCGGGCAAAAAGGUGAAGUCUCCAUGCCCUCCCCUGUCCCGGUCAUGGAAGCAGGACCGCGAGCAGACGCUGGCGGCGGCUUACGUGCCAGUGGUGGUAGACCCAAGGGGGCAGAACCUGGACAAGCUCAGGUUCAACUUCUACACCUCCCAGUACUCCAAUUCCCUGAACCCCUUCUACACCUUGCAGAAGCCUACCUGUGGCUACCUGUACCGAAGGGACACUGACCACACCCGCAAGCUCUUUGACGUGCCUCCUGCCAACCUGGCCUUGUGGCGCUCCUAGGCCCCCACCAGGCAGCAGCCCCCGCCUGCACCUUUUCCUCCGCAAUCCUGGGUCCCAGGCAGGGGGGGAUGGGCUGCCUGUUCCAGGAGGAGUGGACUGAGCCUGGACUAGGAAAGCUGUGCCAUGCUGAGUGUCAAGGAUGACAAAGGGAGGUCCCUGUUCUUGGCAGCAAUUAAAGUUGGUCCUUCCUUUCCCCA